AUGUCAAGUGACUUGUGGAUAGGCUUUGCAGCUGCUUUAACAGCGUCGGUUCUCUUUAGCACCGUCUUCGUUCCUGUCAGAAAGGUUGAUGCUGGAGAUGGAUUUUCCGCACAUAUGUUCAUGUGCAUUGGCGCGUUUCUGGCAAGCACCUUUAUUCAUGGUCUGCUUGGUUUCCCUCCGAUUCAAGGUCUAGCAUUGUUUGGUGGGGUUGUUUGGAGCAUAGGUAACGCUUUUGUACUCCAGAUAAUGAAUCAUCUGGGCAUGGCGCUUACCACUCUCGUAUGCAGCGUGCUCUCAUGUUUAACGGGAUGGGCAACGUCAAGAUAUGGACUUCUCGGUCUGCCCGCAGCUAUACCUGCAAGUGUGGCAUUAAACUACUUCGGGAUAAUUAUGCUGGUGACAGGCGGGGCAAUGUAUCUCUCCAUAAAAAACAACGAGCAGGACACAAAUCAAAAAAAGGAUAAUUCCGUAGCCAUUGUUGCCGAUAAGAGGAGCAAUUCGCGAGUAGAAAGAGCAGUGAGUUUUCUUGCCGCUAUGCUCUGUGGAUCGCUUUUUGGAUCGAUGUGGACACCGAUAAGCUACAUGAAGAGUCAUCCGGAUAAAUUUCCUACGGCUCCUGCAGAUGGCAUCUCUUAUUUGUUUGCAUUUUACUGCGGCGGGCUUUGCAUGGGAGUAUUCAUUUUCAUCAUCUACAGUGCAGUAAAGAAGAACAAACCGUGGAUUAAUCCAAGUGGUGCUGUUCCUACAAUGCUCGGUGGUGUCAUAUUUGCCUGUGCAAUGAGUGCAUUUGUCAUUGCUAUCGAUAAUCUGGAUCAAUCAAUCGCAUAUCCCAUUUGUGCAAUGGCGCCAAGCAUGGUGGUGUUGAGCUGGAGCAUCCUUUACUUCAAAGAAAUUACGGGUCGGCGAAAUUUGAUGUGGUUGGCGAGUGCAUACGGGUUUACUCUUGUAGGAGUAAUGAUUAUCACGCUUUCGAAAGAAUACUCACUCAUAUAAGCUUUGAUGUGAGUACCACUAGCCAACCCAAGAGCUGAUACAAGUUUUAUAAUUUGCAUAUCAACUUAUGAGGAUUAAUGGAGUAAAGAAUACAG